AUGGCUGCCGUCGCUCAAGUUACACCUGCUGUUCAAGCGCCUCAACUUUGCGAUUAUUGCCAUCAGAAACCGAAGUUUUCUAACCACUCCUAUUGUUCGAAGACAUGUGCAGGCCAGGCAGCCACUAUGUGCAAUCAAUGUCAUAAAAAGCCAAAAUUUCAGAAUUUUGAAUACUGUGGCAAGAAUUGUGCUGCUUCAGCAGCUGCAAGUGGCAAACCUCGGAACCCAACUGUCGGGACCCAUCAAGCUCAAACUAAAGCCAACAACGCAAAAGCUCAGCAACAAGGAGCCCCAGCUUUCGAUCCGAUACAGUUGGCAAAACUCGUAGCACAGCACAUUCCGCAAGUUCAGGCCUUGAUCAAUCCUAAUGUGAACCCUGCAGGGCACACGAUUCAGACCGCACCAACUUCCCAACCAAUUGUAGCGAAUCCCUUCGCGAAUCCUGCGCCUCAGGUCAUUCCACCCGCCAUCCAUAACCCCAACGCGCCCGUAAACAAUCCAUUCCUCAAUAACGUAGUCCCGCAGCCCGGCGUACCCUCUCAAGCAGGUUCUGCGCAGAACGCGGUAACUAAUGGUGCAGUCAUCUUGGUAGCUUCUUCUAAUCUACACUCUGCCGCUCAACAGCUUCAUCUUAUUAGCACGCAGCAAUCUGCCGAUGAUACUGAGUGCCUUAUCCCUGGCUGCGGGCAGCCUGUCCACGUUGACUCGAAAGGGGUGAAAGUCAGCGACUAUUGCUCUAUGCGGCACCGCGAAGAAGCAGUUGCCACUGGUCUGGCAUCGCCUUGUAUUAUGUGUUUGACUUUACCGCAGAGCGACACCGAUUAUUUCUGUUCGCGAGGGUGCAGGGAGGAGUCCUUGAAUAAGCACUUGGAAUACAAAGAUGACGGAGUCGAGGAGUGA